UUCUAGACGGACCACAUUUUCAUAGGAACAUCAGAUGGUGAAAAAGUCACCGGAACUGAAGCCGAAAAAGAAGGAAAAACGGUUGAAGAAAAAAUUGAGCGAGCCAGCCAAGAAGGAACCGGAAGUCCCUGCAGCUAAAGAAUCGUCAUCAGCAGACACUGAUGAGUUAAAAUUUUUGCGGUAUUCCAUUAGCGAGCGUUACUCUGCUAAAAGGCAACUGUUUCUGAAAAGGGACAAAUCAAAUGAGUAUUCUUUGAUUGUUGGGAAUGUUCCAGCGUAUUUACCGAAGGGCACAGUCGAAGGCUUCAUUGGACAGUUCGUUCCAGUACCAAUCAGUGAGGUCGUUGUGCAAAGAAGCAAUGCUGUGGAUGGUUCUCUUAGCUAUGGGCAGCUAACGGUCUCUGUGAGAUUCGAGGAUUCCAAAGGUGUUGAUAUAGCUCUUUCGAAAUGUCAAGAUGUUGGACCGUACAGGGUGUGCGAUUUUGUCGACCCUGAGAUACCCUCUGUUCUUCAAAAUUCUGUAGCACUGUAUCGGAGUUUGUUCCCAUCACCUGAAGAAAUACAAAAAUCCGCCACGGCUUUCAUCGAGCAGCAGGAUAAAGAAGCUCAAGAGGCAAAACGAGUAGCUAAGCGGAAACUUACCGAACCUGAUGAGGAAGGCUGGAUAACUGUCACCAAAGCCGCGAAGAGGGUGGGGAAGAUUAUGAAGGUUAAGAGAGAUGAGGUGCCAUUGAUGGGCGGAUUUCACAAAAAGAAAAAUCAUGUCGAUCUGGCAUUUUAUUCGUUUGACAAGAAAAAUACGAGAGCGAAGAAACUUAACGAGUUGCGAGAAAAGUUCAUGCAAGACAAGAAGAGGAUUGCACUCUUGAAAAAUGCUAGGAAAUUCAAACCCGAUUAGCAUCGAUUGCAUAAUUUAUUAUGGCUGCAUGUUUCACUAUAUUGUUGUUUGCCGUUAUUAUUGUUCUUAUUGUUGUUGUUAUUCG